GGACCCAGCAUACUUGACACGCUUUUGACAGCCCAAAAUUCUAGGAACACGGCUCGAAUAUUUGCAUUUAGUUAGAUACUCCCAAAAUUCCUGGUGAAUGCAUUGCCCAAACUAUGCCCUACAGCAGCAGCUAGGAACUGAGCACCAUCGACAGCCAUGCUAGUGAAUGACGCCAGCAGGGAUCGUCCCAUCUAUCAGGAUAUCCAGCGGCUAUCGGACGCCCAGCUGACCACCUUGUGCAACAGCCACGGGCUCGUCCUGGGUCCCCUCGAUUCCCAAAAUAGACGCAUGGCAGAGCGCCAGCUCCACAUAGCCAUGAUCACGGAGCGGGCCAAGUACCGAGCCCGUCAGCAGUUUGCCCUUGAGUGCCACAUGCGGGGCACCGCCUACAUGCAGCAAGGUCCGCCGCCGCCGCAGAACCAUUACCAGCCCAUGCCGCCCCAGACGUACUGGCCAUCUCCUGGCAGCAAUUUGCGCAGUCCACCGCCGCCCAGCUGGAAUACCCAGAAUCGCCGGGUGCUUCGGGACCCGGUGCUCCAGCCACGGCAGUACACCACUUGGAGGCAGGAGCACCGGAUGAGCGACCAAAGGACUGCGGACUCUGGAAACAACUUCCUGGGCUUCAGGAUGCCCUUCUCCCUGGGCGCUGCUAGGGAUAUCAGGUCGAGGAUUACCAACUCCAUCAAGCGCUUUCAGGGAGGAGGUGCGCAGAACGGGCCAGUGCACAAAAAAGAGGAGCAGGUCACGCCUAGAUGCCAGAAUGCUGAGUAUCAGGAGGAUUAUCGGGAGGAUUCCGAUGACGACAGUGUCGAAAAACCUUCCAGCUCGGACUAUGAACGGGAUACCUUGUCUGGUGCUUCGGAAGGCGAAGGCCAGGAAGUUGAGCGGCAAGAGCUCAGUGCCCAAAACUUCUAUCCGUAUCCGUUCAAUGACCGGCAACUUCAGGGGCAGUUCGAUGGCCAGGAGGCGCAAAAUGAGCUGCGCGACUACAAGAGUUUCAUUAGCCUAUCCAGUGUGUAUCACGACUUCGACAGCCAAGUGCCAAUGGCACGGACGGCGCCUUCCGUGGACUCCAAGCCCCGCUUCAGCUGGUGGUGGCAGUGGAGGGCGAGGGCGGGCGAUGAGCGGAUUCCGGAGGCGGAGCGCACCACCGAACAGAAUCUGCUGCAGGAGCGGGAGCUGAAGACCAUCAACUACCUGAGCGAGGCGCCCGCCCGUCUGGAUGAUGGUGUGGUGGAGCUGAUGGGCAGGGUGGAGCUCCGCGAUGACAGCGAGGAGGAGGUGCUGCUGGAAGGCACUCAACGAGCACCGGGAUCCCGAUCCUGGAUGGGCUUCUGCCGGCACAUCUUCCACCUGCUCUGCUGCGAUCGCCAGGGAAAACUCGACCCGGAAAAGCUGCGCUGCAGCUUCUUCUGCUGCUGCAUGGCCGCAGGUGUCUACAUGAGCUUCAAAAUGCUGCGGUAUUGACAGUGGGCAACUUCAUAGGCGUUUCUCCAUCGGUAUUCAGGAAAUUAUCCAUAUCUCAGUUGGGAAGAGGAUGCAUGUUGUAUUCAUCGCAAUCAUCUGCUUUUGUUUUCUUAUGUUGAGAUACGAACUAUAUUCUUAAUACAGUACAGUGCAAUAGUCCAUAAA